AUGCCUUCCAGCGCCGAUCUUCGCGUCUCCAACCUCUUCUCCUUCAAUAGCCAUGUCGCUCUAGUCACUGGGGGAGCCUCUGGGCUCGGCGAGAUGGCUGCGCAGGGCCUGGUACAGAAUGGCGCUCGGGUCAUCAUUGCGAGCCGCAAGGAAGAGGAGCUGAAGAAAUGCACUGAUCAAUUAAACAAACUCGGCCCAGGAACAUGCGAAUACAUCGUUGCUGAUUUGAAGGAUAAGGCCGGCUGCGAUCAUCUUGCUGCGGAAGUGAAAAAGAGAAUAGACAGGCUGACAGUUUUGGUUAACAAUUCCGGCGCUACUUGGGGUGCGCCGUUGGAAGACUUUCCAGAGGUUGGUUGGGAUAAGGCUAUGUCAUUGAAUGUUAAGGCUAUUUUCUACUUAACUGUUGGAGUCCUACCACUUCUCCAGAAAGCCGCUUCGCCCGAUAUGCCAUCUCGCGUGAUUAACAUCGCAUCCAUUUGGGGGAUAUCAACUCUUGACCCUACAACAACGGAUGAGGGAGGGCUAUCCCCGCCAGGAACCGGAACGUUUAGUUAUGGUCCCUCGAAGGCGGCUUGUAUCCAUCUUUCCCGCCAACAGUCUUCAAAAUUCGCUCCGAUGAACAUCAUGGUGAACUGCGUGUGCCCCGGUGUCUUCCCCUCCCGCAUGUCAAAUUUCGGCAUCGAGAAAUAUCUCGAUACCCUCCUUGAUGCACAACCGACCGGCCGCAUUGGCAAGCCCGAGGACUUUGCCGCUCUGAUUCUGUUCCUUUGCAGUUACGGCGCAUCGCAUUUGACCGGGAACGUGAUUGAACUUGACGGAGGUAGCAGCCGGAGUGGAUGGAAGGGCGGAUCCGAGCAUAUGAAGCUGUAG